GCUGUCAUGGCCGACAUUUCAACUUCCUGCCAACAAGGCUGAGAGAAAAUUAUUAAUUUAUAACAUAUUAUGGGGUUUUGUGUCGUAACUUUUACAACAAAUUUUACUGCAAACACAUAAAAUGUUUGCAAAGUUAAAAAAGAGAAUCCAAGAUGAAGGUGGCACUGUCAGUGAUGGAGAAAAAUCAUUUUCAUCUCCAUCUUCCAGUCACAGCACCCAAAGACGAAACUCAGGAAUGUCAGAUACGGGUCAAGAAUCAGCUAAUGAAGAAACCAGUUCAAUGGUGGCGUCACCAGGAGGUAAAAAUGAUGUGUCUGAUUUACUGGUGAAAAGAACGGAACAAUGUCGUAAACUAGAAACAAAAAUAAGUGAAUAUGCAGCUGUAAUUAAAGACAAGAAUAAAACCAUAGAAAAACUUGAAUUACAUCUAGAAAAACAGCAAGAUCUCAGUGCUAAGAAAUGCGAGGAAUUAAAUGAACAGUAUCAACUGAGUCGUGUCAAGUUAUUAGAAGAUCAUAAAGCUGCUCUUUUAAUGAAAGAAAAGGAAAAAGAGAAAUUAUUAGAGGAAUUAAAGAAAGCAGAAGAAUUUAAAAAUAAAUAUUUUAAGAAAGAAGAAGAAAGUGAUGAAUUUGAAGGUUUAACAACACAAGAAAUAGCUAAAGUUAAACAUAUGUUGUUGAUGGCUCAGGAAGAAUUAUCAAAAUGUCGAACUGAACUCGCUUCUUCAACAGAACAACUUACUGCAGCCAAUCAGAAAUCUCAUGACAUGACCAAUGAUUUAGAGGUACUUAGAGAAAAACAGUCUAAUAUAGAAAAAGAAAGUUUACGUCUGAAAGAAGAGAAUGAAGAGUUGAGCCGAUUGGUGAAAGGGUUGACCAAUGAAAAAUCUGUGUUCGAAAAACGACUGGAUGAAUUAAAUAUUGAACUUACCUCAAAAAGCAGUCAGCUAUCUAAAACUUGUGGUGAUUUAACAGAAUUAGAGAAUGAAUAUAAAACAUACCAGAGAAAUUCCGAUCAUUUAAAAAAUAAGAGUAGUAAACUGAUAGAAGAAAAAGAUGACCAUAUAAAAGAAUUACAGGAUCGUAUAAAAAUGGUGGAACAGCGAUUACAAGUUCAAGAUUUAUCUGGUGAUGACAGACUUCUAGCUUUAGAAACAGAAAGAGAUGGUUUAGAAUUAAAAUUAAGUGAAACUCGUCAACAAUUAACAGAGAUAAAAUCAACAUGGAGUGAUAAAAUAACACAUCUAGAAGAACAGAUUUCUCAUCUAAAUGCUAAAAUAAUCGAAGAUAAUGAAGAGAUGAUAUCAAAAGAUAAAAUGGCUGACAGCAUGAGAGAAAACUUUCAUAAACAGAUGGAAAAUUUACGUGGCAAAUUAGAAGAUGCUGAGAAAAGGGCUCUAGAAAAUUAUGAACUUGUUCAACAAAAAGAACAGCUUUAUGAAAAACAGAAAGAUGAAAAGGAGGCUGAAUUGAAUAAAUCACGUUUACAAAUGGUUGACAUGGAAACACAUCUUCGAGGUAAAAUAACGUUACUAGAAUCCCAGUCGUUGGAAGUAGAAACAUCCAGUAAAACAGAAAUAUCGGAAUUAAACCACAAACUUAACAAACUCACAGAAAAGGAGGAUAUUUAUUUAACCAAUCAACUGAAAGCUGAUGAAGAUAUACGAUCAUUAGAAGCAGACGUUACAAAAUUACAGAAAGAAAUAUCAGAAUUAACGGAUGAACGGAGUCGAGUGAAACAGAUUGUAGAAGAAAAAACUAAAAAAGAACAAGAUCUGGUACAAAAGUGUUGUGUGUUAGAGGAACAGAUGAUUAGUUUACAAGAUGAAAUAAAAUCCAUUGAAUACAUCAAACAACAAACAGAGAUACGAUUAUUAGACAGUGAUAAAGAUAAAGGAGAGUUGAUGUUGCGGAAUGCCGAGUUAUCUCAACAGCUGGAGAAACAGAGACGAUUAACGGUGGAGAAACAGAACGAACUGGCCAGUGAAUUAGACAAUAAACAAACUGAGGUGGAUGACUUAAACCAACACAAUCUACAAUUACAACAACAAAUAAAUAAACAUGAAAAUAAGCUGAAAGAUUUAGAAUCUGUCAAAUCUCAAUCAGCAGUUGACCUUGGGCGAGCUAAUGACCUUGAAAAAGUUGUAACUGACCUUCAAGAUCAACUUACAGACAAAAACAGGGCAUUGAAGAAACAGGAGCAGACGUUAAAAGAUUUACGACAGACGUUACAGAGAGAGUUAAAGGUCCAAUCACUGCCUAACGAUGAUUCGGAUCGUAGUCGUGGAAACUCUCCACUCCCCGUCCGUAAAAAUAACAAACCUGCUCAAAUAGAAGUCAAACCUAUGCCACCCGUGUCUGCCUCUAAAUCGUCAUGCCAACAACCAAGUCACAUGCCGCCUCCUAGUGGUAUUUUAAUGAGUCAAGAGGAUUUUGAUCGCGUUGGAGCGUUCACAGGUUACGUUAAAGAUAAAACCCCAGGGUUCCCGGAGCGAGAAGUCAAUCUACAAUAUUUAAAACAUGUUGUUCUCAAGUUUAUGUUAAGUCGAGAAAGUGAGGCGAUCCAGUUAGUGAAAGCCAUUUCAGUUUUAUUACAUUUCUCGACAGAAGAACAGAGAUUGGUCCAGCAGACAUUAGAUUGGAAGAUGUCGUGGUUCGGAGCAAAACCAGCCGCAGGAAAAGGACAAUUAUCUAAAAUAAUACCACCAUCUUACUAGAAUUAAUAGGGGGUACUCAAUUGAUCGAAUAUUCUGGAAUUCAGGUCGCUCUGUCGUUAUCGACCAAUUGUGUGAACAGGAGAACUCUGCGUGUGUUAUCUCAACCAAUCGCUGUAGCUGAAACAAGUUCUACGUAUUCGAUAACGUCAGUCACUGAUUCUGUGUUACUCGAUUUUUUAAUGUUCCAGGUCAGUGGCAUGUAGAGGAUUGGUGAUGCCCUAGGCCAAUUCCUUCAUUUUAUUGCCCCCCUCCCCCCACACCAAGACUCAAGUAUAGGGUCUAGCUGACCGUAUACCACCAAGUAUAGAGACUAGUAGCUUACUGUAUACCACCAAGUAUAGAGUCUAAUAGCUUACUGUAUACCACCAAGAUUCAAGUAUCGGGCAUUGUACUGGGAAAUGUGAGAAAUAUUUUAAAUAUAUGCCGAAACAGAUAAAAUAAAUAAAAUAAGUAAGGCAGCUUCUACAACAAACUUAACAGCGACAGUUUCAAAUUUAAAAAAGAAUUAAUUCCCCGGUUGAAUUAGAUACUGGAGGCCAUCACCCCCUCUGCAUGCCACUGUCGCAAAUUCCUUGUUGAGCACCCCCAUAUAAACAUUCUUGUAGGGUCGUAGUUUAUAAGGUGAAAGGUCAAUACUCAACUAUAUCAAAUAUAUAUUUAUAAUGUAUGUUGGUUAAUCAACCCUGGUUCUGUCAUAUAGCAGUACCAACUUAUCAUUCCGUGGUCCAAGUGUAUCUAUUGAUACAUCCGUGUGUCCAUUAAUCUAAAGAUCUUUACGUGGGUGAAGCCCUUUAAUCUAAAGAUCAUUACGUAGGUGAAGCCCUUAAAUCUAAAGAUCUUUACGUGGGUGAAGCCCUUUAAUCUAAAGAUCUUUACUUGGGUGAAGUCCUUUGAUCUAAAGAUCUUUACGUGGGUGAAGCCCUUUAAUCUAAAGAUCUUUACGAGGGUAAAGCCCUUUAAUCUAAAGAUCUUUACAUAGGUGAAGCCCUUUAAUCUAAAGAUCUUUCCGUGGGUGAAGCCCUUUAAUCUAAAGGAGAAAGAUCUUUACGUGGAUGAACCCCUUUAAUCUAAAGGAGCAGGAUCAUUACGUGGGUGAACCCCUUUAAUCUAAAAGAGAAGGAUCUGUACGUGGGUGAAACCCUUUAAUCUAAAGGAGAAGAAUUAUUACGUGGGUGAAGCCCUUUUAAAAAAAAUUAGUUUUAGAUUUUUAUUAGGCAUGUUCAAUGUAGAUUAAAGACAACUAUGAUAUAAAACUCUGAAUCUAUUAGUCAUAUACAAAUGUUUUAAGGUUAAACUCACGAUUCAAGCAGAUUUUGUAGUGGUUUACGUUGACACAGAGAUCCGUGAAUAUUUUCACAAUGUACAAUAUCUUUUAAUAUGAAAUGAGAGAGAGAGAGAGAAAUGGGGUUUAACGUCCACUCAACACAAACUAGGUCAUUUCGGGACUAGCACAUGGUUCAAUUUUAUUUCAAUAAUUCGCUUGCGCGUAGGGGUCUUUAGCAGUGGGAGGAAACCGGAGGACCCGGAGAAAACCCACGAGGUUGGACAAUAUGAAAUGAAAUGGGUUUUUAAUGUCAUGACUGGGGUAAUGAAGACGGGCAAUAUCUUUUAAAGCAUUAACUUGUACUUCUCAUAAAUUUGAUCUUUUGGCAUUUAUUGAUUCCUAUGAAUUUUGGUGGCUGAAUUGUUUAUCGUGUGAACUUUAGAUCACAAUGUCUGUCAUUAAGUGAUCGCCAUGGUUUUAAUUCCCCGUUUGAACAUGAGUCAAGUGGUUUCGAUUCCCAGCUGGUACGUGACAAGGAGUAGGGUCACCUGGGUUUUGCCUGGGUCCUCCGGUUUCCUCCCCCACUGCUAAAGAUCCCUACCUGUAAGCGAAUUAUUGAAAUAAAAUUGUGCCAUAUGUUAGACCCAAAAGGGGUCUUUAGCAAUGGGAAGAAAUCAGAGGAACCCUAGAAUACUCCUUGUCAUGUACAAGUGUGGGUUUGAAAACCACGCUACUUAAAGAGCUAACAGUUCUUGCUAUAAUAGUUAAAAUAUACAUAAUGAAAACAAAAAAUGCUGAAAAUUUCAGUCAAAUUGCUUCACUGUGAAACCAACUAUUAAUGAAUUAAUUUUAGGCUAGCCUCGAUCGUCAUUACUAACGUCAGUUCUAUAAUAAACAAAGUUUUGAUUAUCCAUUCUUACGUUAAAUUAUCCAUCACAAAAGGUAUUCAAAUCCACUAAAGAUCGCAGGCUAAUGAUGGCAUUGAGAGUUGAUUAUGGUCUGGAUAAGUUAAUUAAUGUCUAAUUAAUAGUUUAGGUAACAUUACAGGCCUAAAGAAAGACCUGCAAUAGGCGAUAGAGUAUUAUUGAUAGACUGUGACAAAUCUCUUGUUACUACAUCAACAUAAAUAAACACCCCAUUAUUAUAUACAUAUGAUUUUAUUAAUAUUAAUAGGAAGGGAUCAGCUCUGUCCGUCCGUCCAAGGUUCAUUAAACUUAUGCAAUAUAGUGUAAAAGGAUAAAAAUUUGUCAUUUAAAACUUAUAUAAUACCCCCGCCCCCCCUCCCCAUCAUUAAACAAUUAUAUAAUAUAGACCAGUAGACUUGCUAUAUCCCCCCCAUCAUUUAUAUAACAUUAACCAGUAGACUAGCUACCCCCUCCCCCGUCAUUCAACAGUUAUUAUGUAGUAUAGUGUAAAGGGCAUAAUAUGUAAAUUUAUCAUUCAUAAAAUGAAUAGGUUCUCGGUCACCGCCCAGUGGCGCCCACUCAUGAAAAAUACAGGGCAUGGAUAUGAUUUUUAUUUCCACGUUUAAAAGAUAUGGCUGAGAUUGGAUAUAUUUUUGUUGAAAUUUCAUCACAUACAUUAAAAAUAAAAGACUGUGCUCCCGCACGACAAAAACUAGGGUUACAGUCUAUUUUAUUAUAUAAUAAAUUUCCCAGAAUUCCACCUGAAUGCCCGAGAAUCCAGUCGAUUUAUUUGUGUGAUUAUAUGGUGUUAUAUGUAUAAAUAAUAUAAAUAUAUGAAUUUAUUUAUUUUUAAUUGUAUGUUAAUAAAGAGAACAAUAUUCUGUGGAAUAAAACAAAUUAUAUAUCAAGAUGUUAUAUGAAAUAAAAUGAAAUGAAAUGGGGUUUAACGUCCUACUGUUCUGCUCCUAUACUGGGCUAAGAUGUUAAAUGAGGGGAUGAUAUCACAGAACAAAUAAAAUUUACUUUUAUGUUAUAUUAAAUUCCAAUUUGAUUAAAACACAGAUCCUAUUUCGUUUCGCUUUUUAUAGUUCAAAAUUUCGUUUUACUUGUCUUUUACGACACUAGGAUCUGAAAGAGUUGUUAUAUAACCUGCGUUCUGGUUGAUGUGAGGGUUUAGCCAAUGAUAUGGUCUGUUGCAGCGAGUUUUUGGGGUGC